GCCGAGUGACGCAAGUACGGCGGCUGUGGAGUUCGGCCGGCUUGCGAGUCUCGGCGAAGCUUCACCGAAGUCUCCUCAAGGAUGGAGUACAUCGACCGGUCCGCCGGGUUCUUAACGCCCUACGUGGGGAGUAGCGGCAGGCUACGGCGGAUGAUGCCCUGGGUGCUGCUGGGCCUCAUGAUGAGCGGAUCCCUCCUGAAGGAAUGGGCGCCGCUGCCGGAGACCUACAUGAGCAACAAGCGCAACCUGCUCAACAUCUAUUUUGUCAAGUUCGCUUGGGCCUGGACGCUCUUUCUGCUCCUGCCUUUCAUCAGCAUUACCAACUACAUAGUCACCGGAAAUGCUCGGUCCGUGGCUCAGCGUCUCAGCACUCUCCUGGUUGGCACUGCCAUCUGGUAUGUCUGCACAGGGGUGUUCCUUCACAUUGAAGAUAUGACAGGCGUCUGUUACAGCUCACCGUCCCUCGACCUUCUUCAGCGGGAGCAUUCUAGCAAAAUUCUGUGCCAUCAAGCUGGUGGCUUCUGGCAUGGCUUCGACAUCUCAGGACACUCCUUCCUCCUCUCCUACUGUGCUCUGAUGAUCAUGGAAGAGAUAGCUGUGAUGCAUAACAUGAAAACCUCCAAGGAGCUCAGACUGCGCAGCGUGAUCAAUGGCUUGUUCCUGGCCUUAAGUUUCUUGACCCUGAUCUGGAUAUGGAUGUUUUUAACUACUGCCAUAUAUUUCCAUGAGUUUUCUCAAAAGUUGUUUGGCACCUUUGUGGGCAUCGCUGCCUGGUAUGGAACAUACAGAUUCUGGUACCUGAAACGUUUGUCUCCUGGACUUCCUCCCCAAAGAACUGCUUUGAGUUCCCAAAAGUAUAACCGUAGCUUAUAGAAACAAUUUGUGGCUGAGAUUUCCAUUUCAAGAAUAUUCAUUAUUUAAUAAAUGAAUGUUAAAGCUGUUAUUAACAAAUAUAUUUAAAGGGUGGAAUAAAAGACCAAUUUUUUUUUUUUUUGCGCUCUAGCAAGAAGCUGAGUUCUAGGUAACUGAUAGGCAAGUGCUGUUGUUGAAACACUACUGGUUACAAGAUGGGUAGUUAACCUUUUUGGCUAGCUUGUCGAAAACACUGAUUAUCAUAUAGGUAGUGGAAGCUACAUUGCAAUAACAUGGGGAAGGGAACUAUUUUAUACACUGACAGUAGACUAGCUUAUGAAAUAAGCUAGUUUCAUUCAUUAACAAUAAAGACCCAAUACUUUUUCUGCUGAGAUACUAUCAGGGAAAGGGGGAACCAAAUUUUCUGGUGAAGGGAGCUUUUCAGCAAAA